AUGAGACUGUGCGACUUACCCCACUUUCCUACAGAGGAUACCCUAUAUGCUAUGUCCGGUCUGGGUUUUGUUGACAUUGCCGGAGACGAUCUGUACAGCGCUAAUGCAAUCACCAAACACUUGGCUACCAUGCCUUCUGCCCAGCAUGGUGCACUUCACUUUACAACUGAAGCUCUCCUGGGCGCUGCAUUCUUGAUGAAGAAACUGAAAGCAGACAACUUUGAAUACCCCUUUAAGGAGCUGGAGACGCCUUAUCAGUACGCCUAUCACUCAAUGGGCCAGGAGGAGCUAGCAAAGCAACACACUUAUUCCAUUAUGGCUGCUGAAGGCCGGAUGGACAGCUUCAACCACUUUAUGGUUGGCAAGUUCAUGAAGACAAAUACUGCCCCUGAUCGCCUCAAGGCAUUCGGAUACGACUUACAGUCCGUGCUGAACGAGGCAGGAAAUGGUGUUCCGGCUACCAUGGUGGAUAUUGGUGGGGGCCGUGGAGAGCUGUUGCUGGAUAUUAAAGCGGCAUACCCAGACUUGCAAGCCUCCGACCUUGUGGUACAAGAGUUUAACCAAGACAUCAUAGAGAUUCCUGGAAUUACACUAGCCACAUGGAACUACAAGGAGGACACCCCACAACCCAUCAAAGGAGCCUUAGUCUAUCACCUCGCGCAUAUUCUCCACAAUCUGUCGGAUCUAGAAGCUGCUCGUUUGUUGCAGAAGAUAUCUGAGGCUAUGGGGUCUCAUUCUCGUAUCCUGAUUCAUGAGUUUGCGAAGAAUGCGAAUUAUGCCAAGAUGCAUUCAGCCAUGAUUGCAUUAUACGCGGGGCGGGAGAGAAGCGCGGUCGAGUGGCGCCAAAUGGCUGCAUUAGCAGGACUAAAGGUGACAUUUGAAGCUUACCCGGAAUUUGGAGAAGGACUGAUCGAGAUGAGGAAACUUUGA